AAAAUCCAUUCUUUGGCACUACUAGACUUACCCAUCUUCAUCGAUGAACAAUAUGAUGGAAGAUGAAUUUCUUGAAUCAGAUAUCAUUUUCCCCGAAUGCCCACCACCAAGACUAAACCAGGAAAUGAUCAGCUACUCUUGGAACAACAACAACAAAUCCAAGAGGAAGAUGAUGAUGAUGAUGAUGGACAAGGACGACGAGGUCGUCGACGACUGUCCUGUACCGGUGAAAAUCCAAGGCAAGUCAUCUUUUCCGGUAACAAUCCCGGCAGCGCCGAACAAGCUGGGUCCAGCCCCUUUAGUAGAACCGCCGGAGACAGUCUUGAAAGAUGUGGAGGGGGAGGUGGUGGUGGUGCCUCCGCACUUGAUAAUCAGGAGACGUUUAGUUAGUGCCAGAAAGAUGGCGUUUUCUGUUUGUACGGGCAAUGGGAGGACCCUCAAGGGAAGAGAUUUGAGUCAAGUUAGGAAUAUGAUCCUUAGAAUGACAGGUUUCCUAGAAACGUAAACCCCCCCUCCCUCCCUCCCUCGCCAAUUCUAAUUAUUUCUCCAAUAUAUUUAUUUAAU